CAUUCCAACAUCACAAGCAUCGACUCAGUUCUUUCACUACACUCCAAGUCCAACACUACACAGAUACCAAGCGACCACAAAUCAGUUUCCAUUCCCGAACAACUCAGCAAGAAGAAGAAGGAGAAGAGAUGGCCGGUGCAGCGAAGGCAUCGUGGAUGGUGGCGAUGAGCGUGGGCGCCGUGGAGGCGCUCAAGGACCAGGCCGGCCUCUGCCGCUGGAACUACGCGCUCAGGUCCAUCCACCGGGCCGCCAAGGCCAAGGCCAGCGCCCGCGGCGCCGUCUCCCAGGGCAAGAAGCAGCUUCCCAUCUCGGCGGCGGCGGUGGCAGAGAAGCGGCGAGCGGAGAAGGCCGAAGAAGGGCUGAGGACGGUGAUGUACCUCAGCUGCUGGGGACUCAAUUAGUAGUAGCUACGACUGCUAGGUAGUAGGUACCGGUGUUUUGCUCCAGCAAUGGCCUGGCCUGUGACUUGCCUGGUUGUUCCCAUUGUAAUAUACCACCACGACGAUGAUGAUGAAACUUUCAGUCACUUAGCUGAGUUUGCCAAUUCCUUAUCUAUUUGCUUUGAACUGGUUCCAAGUUCGUAGUUCGCGUGUCUCAAUCUGCGCGACAGGUUGUUGGUGAUUAAUUUCUGAAAACUGCAUUUCUUUACCCUGUACUUUUGCUUCAUUGGCAUGAUAAAAUCUUUUGUUGUUUGCAAUCAUUCA